ACAGACAGACGGACAGAGUUACUUUUGCAUUUAUAAUAUUAAAGUAAGGAUCAUAUUGCAUGGUCAUUAUUACAUUGCUACAUGAUGGUUGGGUAAUUUGAUACUAAUGUUUUACUUACAUUUUUAUUUGACUUUUAAAGAUGAUUAGAAACUUUAAGAGAAGAUGUUAAUUAUACGUAGGCAGUAAUGAGUCUGAUUGCUUAAACUGUGGUAUAUUUUAUGUUGUAUAAUAAGUCAUUUCUAUAAAACAAAGAUUAGAAGUGAAAGUUUUGCUUUAAAUUUAUUAAAAUCCAGAACGAGCUUACAAAAAGUGGAUUGUGAUUAAUCCAUUUCAUAUAUUAAAAUUGUAUACGAGCGACCACAUUCCUAAGUGAGUGGAUUGUACUAAAGCCAUGUAAAUUUCAUUUAGGACGUUGUUUUCGUAUUUUGUAAAUUUCCUUAUCCUAAAGGCAAUCUGUCAACUCGUGGGUAGGUACCAUGGUAGUCCGCGAUCCAAUAUAACUCCUAGGUAUUUAAAAGAAGACACUAUAUUCGUUAUAAUUUUUGUUUCUAAAUGGAUGCCUAGUUCAGUAGUAAAUCACAAAAUUUGAAUGCGCUAAGGUAUAUUUUAGGCAUCGGCUGGCAGUGUGAGGCAGGGACAAGCGACGUGGGUCACGUGGCCCUGUGCCGACCACUACUCCUCCGGAAUCGGUGACACCGAUUAGCCUCAGAGUACAAUGAGCACAUCGCGUCAAAGCCUCGAAGGGUCGGUGGUGGACAAGCGCGGUGGCGAGCAGCUGGCGGCGCAGGCGCGAGGCCGUGCGGCGAGCGGGGCGCCAGCCGCGCCGGACGGCAGCAGUGAGCCGCUUGGCGCCGCCGCCGCCGCACCCGAGCGCUCGACUCGCACUGCUCGGCUCUGCCGCUACACCGAGACACGCAAGUCUCGGAGAGAAAACAACACAACCCCUCACCAUUCAAUUUUAAAAUUUGUCAUUUAAUCAAGUUUGAAAUUAAUGCUCCACAAAAAGCCAGUUUUGAUCCCUGUCGGGCUUUCGGGAUGCUUCGAAAGAGUUAGGUAGCGCCGGUCGCGCCGAGCUGUCUGCCGAGCACACGUCCACUCCGGACGUGGCGUGCGCUUCGCCGCCGAAGGCAAAGAGGUGUUCGACGCAGAAGUGCGAGCUAGUGUGCGGUGUAGAGUGCCGGCGUUAGUAUUAUUGAGCGAUGCAAGCAGCGGAGCUGAGGGUCGCGCGCGCGGCAGCUCCCUCCUAAGUGGAUUAGCGCUCCGCAGGUCGCGUCGGCCCUGGUCGUGCCCGCUCGUGCCGCCUCCGCGGCCCAGCUGUGCUGCAGCCCUGAGCCGCUGCUGGCGAUUCAGUCGCACACGUAAACACUAUUAUCGAUCUCCCCGCAAUCGACGUCGUUGUGUACGUACGAUGUUGUUUGUUGCUCCUUUUCAUGUAAUCCUAUGUACCACUGCACCUGUUCUCCGAAACUACCUCAAGUGCCAUUUCAAGUACCACCGUAUACCAGACAAUAGCUAUGGUUAUAUUAUUAUAGUCCUAAAGCCCAAUUCAAACGGUCAUGAUAAAUAAUUAAUUACAUAAUUCAUGUGACUGCACAAGGAGGACUGCGCAACCGAAGGAGUUCCUUAUACUCAUAAAAAUCUUUGUUCUCCGAUACUGUACAAUAUAAACAUAAUUAAGCGAAUUACGAUUAAGAAUCAAAUCGUUAGUAUUAUUAAAUUAAAUAUGUAUCCAACUGAUAAACAAAGGUCUUUUGCUAGCGGCAGGCCGUAGACCGUAAUAAACUAUUAUCUAGUUGGAAACACAGACUACAUUACACCUAUAGUAUAAAUAAAUGCUUCUCUUCAUGUAGGGUUUGAUAGAACCUAAGUCCUAGGCUUAUUCGUUCGGUAAGUAGAUAUAAAGCUAAGUAAUGCAAUUAGGAUUUGCGGGCGUCUACAUUAAUAUAGCGUCAAAUCUUGCACUGUUAACUUACGCUUAAUUAGGUUUUCCGGCGGGUGUCACGUGUCGUGUGUGAGGUCAGUGUCAAGGAAAGAUGGGCCUGCGAUCUGAUCUACUCAUGUAGAUCAUGGGCGGCUUGACAUUUAGUCGCGGCUAUAGUGGGUCAGAAAUGUAGGACAGCUAUGACGGGUGUCGUAUAGUAUUAUGAAGGAAGAAGCAGCUGGGGAGGAGCGUUGCGUCCGCGGUCCUGAGUUCAUGCAUGAUUGAGGGAGCGCAGAGCCGCGGCGCGCUGCCUCGCUUGGGGAGCACAACGAGCCGACCCCGUCACCCGACACCGCCGCGCCGCGUGCCAGCCCUACUUAACACUUAAUCCAGGCGCACCUAUAUGUAUUACGUACAAAUCCUCAAUCGUUUAUUUAUGUCGUUAAUACUGAUACUUUUUUAUUAUUUUUUUAUCCGAUUCUUCAGAAAAUCGUAGACUAAUAAUAAUUACUAGCGGCUGUUAGUUAAGCAUAUACCCAUAUUAUUAUGUGUUUAUGAGGAUAACGAGCUGCUGGCUUUGCCAAUGGUCGAGCACCUCGAUUGUAUCGCGAGCUAUUUCGUUACUUUGAUGAGGUACUUGAAGUACCUCAUCAACGGGCUCCAAGUUCCAAAGAUUCAACCCCACAUAGCUCAAACAAGUAACCACCAAGUAGUCCCUAUGAGAUUCUCAGCACCCUCAUCAUAUUUAUUAACAUAUAGACUCAUCUUCCCAGGGAAUAAAGCAAUAUGGUAAAAUCUUGCAAUCGUCGCAUGUCAGGCCAUUUUAGGAUCUAACACAGCAUCUGAUGUGGUACAUCGGUACAGUGAAAAGAGUUCGAGGACAACUCGUUGCAGAUGCACCUACACGACCCUUAUUUAAGUAAAUGCACACACACAGCAGUACACACAUCCAGCGUAACAUGAACAUUGGUGACAGCCGCGGCAGGUGGCUGGCGGCAUGUGAGGCGGCGACGCGGGCUGCGCGGGCGGCGCGGGCGGCGCGAGCGGCGCGGGCAUGCCGGGCGGCCGCCGGGGGCUCGUGGCCCCGCAGAACACCUUCCUCGAGAACAUUAUCCGGCGCUCGUCCUCGCAGCGUGAGUGCCGCUCCCUCACCCUCACCCCUCACUCCUCACACACACAGACAGUAACGCCUCACUUCUCUGCAGCAGACAGCAGCUUCCUGCUGGCAAAUGCGCAGAUCGUGGACUACCCCAUCGUGUACUGCAACGAGACCUUCUGCAAAAUGAGCGGUUAUAACCGGGCCGAGGUCAUGCAGAAGUCAUGCAGGUGCACGUGGAUGUACGGCGAGCUGACGGAGAAGGACGCAGUGGAGCGAGUCGACCGGUCGCUCGACCACCACCUCGCCGACCAGUUCGAGAUCCUGCUCUACAAGAAGAAUCGCACGCCGCUGUGGCUGCUGGUGCACGUGGCGCCGAUCCGCAACGAGCGCGAGCUGGUGGUGCUGUUCCUGCUCACGUUCCGCGACAUCACAGCUCUCAAGCAGCCGAUCGACGCCGACGACCCCAAGGGAGGGCUGUCGAAGUUCGCGAAGCUGGCGCGCUCGGUGACGCGCUCGCGCUCGGUGCUGGUGUCGGCGCUGCCGGCGCUGAAGGAGCCGCAGCGUGCGAGCCACCUGGCGCAUGUCAGUACCAACGCACACCAUGUGAUGUCUUUGUCGGGCGACGUGCUGCCGCAGUACCGGCAGGAGGCGCCCAAGACGCCGCCGCACAUCCUGCUGCACUACUGCGCCUUCAAGGCCAUCUGGGAUUGGAUCAUCCUCUGUCUUACGUUUUACACCGCCAUCAUGGUUCCCUACAACGUGGCCUUCAAGAACAAGACCAGCGAGGACGUGUCGUUGCUGGUCAUUGACUCCAUCGUGGACGUCGUGUUCUUCAUCGACAUCGUGCUCAACUUUCACACCACAUUCGUGGGCCCCGGCGGUGAGGUGGUCAGCGACCCCAAGGUCAUUCGCAAGAACUACUUCAAGUCCUGGUUUCUCAUCGAUCUACUGUCCUGUUUGCCAUACGACGUGUUCAACGCGUUCGACCACGACGAGGACGGCAUCGGCAGCCUGUUCAGCGCGCUGAAGGUGGUGCGGCUGCUGAGGCUAGGCCGCGUGGUACGCAAGCUGGACCGGUACCUGGAGUACGGCGCUGCCAUGCUCAUCCUGCUGCUGUGCUUCUACAUGCUAGUCGCGCACUGGCUGGCCUGCGUGUGGUACAGCAUCGGCCGGUCCGACGCCGACUCGGGUCUGCAGUACUCCUGGCUGUGGAAGCUGGCCAAUGUGACGCAGAGCCCGUAUUCGUACGUGUGGUCUAACGAGUCGGACGGGCCCGAACUCGUGAACGGGCCGUCGCGCAAGACCAUGUACGUGACCGCGCUGUACUUCACCAUGACCUGCAUGACCUCCGUGGGCUUCGGCAACGUCGCCGCCGAGACCGAUAACGAGAAGAUCUUCACCAUCUGCAUGAUGAUCGUGGCAGCUCUGCUGUACGCCACCAUAUUCGGCCACGUGACCACCAUCAUUCAGCAAAUGACAUCAGCGACGGCCAAGUACCACGACAUGCUGAACAACGUGCGCGAGUUCAUGAAGCUGCACGAGGUGCCCAAGGCGCUGAGCGAGCGCGUCAUGGACUACGUGGUAUCUACCUGGGCCAUGACCAAAGGCCUGGACACCGACAAGGUGCUGAACUACUGCCCCAAAGACAUGAAGGCAGACAUCUGCGUGCACCUCAACCGUAAGGUGUUUAACGAGCACCCCGCCUUCCGCCUGGCCUCGGACGGCUGUCUGCGCGCGUUGGCCAUGCACUUCCAGAUGUCGCACUCCGCGCCCGGCGACCUGCUGUACCACACGGGCGAGUCCAUCGACUCGCUCUGUUUCAUCGUCACGGGCAGCCUCGAGGUUAUACAAGACGAUGAGGUCGUCGCCAUUCUAGGCAAAGGCGAUGUUUUCGGAGAUUCCUUCUGGAAAGACAGCGCCGUCGGCCAAUCAGCAGCAAACGUGAGAGCUCUCACAUAUUGUGACUUACAUACGAUCAAGCGCGACCGCCUGCUUGAGGUACUGGACUUUUACCAGGCGUUCGCAAACAGUUUUGCGCGUAACUUGACACUCACGUAUAACCUGCGCCACCGACUCAUCUUUCGAAAAGUAGCCGACGUACGACGCGAACGUGAACUAAUGGAACGACGUAAACGAGAGCCGCAACUAGAACAGGCACAAGAUCAUCUCGUGAGGAAGAUAUUUUCGCGCUUCCGAAGGGAGCGCAGCGUAGCCGCGGCUCCCGGGCCAGCGCCAGCGCGCCCCUCGCCCGCGCCCGCCGCCGGCACGGCCGCGGCCCCCGCCGACCCCGAGCGCGGGGCCACGCCGCCGACUGCGGCCCCGGCCCCGGCGCCCGCCGCGCGAGGCAAGUGGGGCCGCUUGCUGGCCACGGCCUCGCUGGACGCGGGUGCGGCCGAGCCGGCACGCGGAGCCUUUACACGCAGCCUGAGCGCUCGUGACAGGCCCGUGGCGGCUCCCGCCGAGCCCGCGCCAGCUCCGGCCCCCAACCCUGCUCCGCUGCCUACUCCUGCUGCUCCGGCAACGCUCUCUUUAAAGGCCACGUUUGCGAAGGCGAGGUCUGCGAGCGCGCUGAGCGUAACCGGCGCGAGCGCUCGGCAGGACACCAUCGAAGAGGAGCUGGACGAGCGGCGGCCGAGCGUGUCCGCGCUCGCCACGCACGCCGCGCUCCCCUCGCACGCCUCGCACGCCGCGCACGCCGCGCACGCCUCGCACGACGCGGCGCUUGCCGAGCUGCGCCGCGACGUCCGCAAUGAAGUCCAGAGGUUACAGCAAAAGGUGCGAAUUGCUUCUUAGAGAGUUUUAGCUUUCCGCGACUAUGUAUUUGCAAAUUAUUAAUAUAACAACUUUGUUUCGUCAUCAAAAAAGACUUCAUUUGUUCUGUUCUUUGUUCUUGAUUUGCCUUCAUUGAUAACAGAUUUAGGUACUUCAGUAAUAAGUACGAGCAAGAUCGUUAUCUAUCCUACCAACACUUUAUCUUGUUCGUAUUCAAUAAUGUGAACGCGUAUAACUUAUCAUGGGUGCAGUUGGGGCGCGUUGAGGAGUUGUUGACGAUGCUGGCAACGCGGCUGGGCGCGGAGCCGGGAGACAGCGGCGCGGCGCCGGACGCGGACCCAGCGCGGCCGUCGGACGCCGCGCGGCCGCCGGACGCCUGCGCUGCUAGCGCGGCCAGGAAGCGACGUUCAAAGGCGGGAUAGUAACGAGCCCGGCUGUACUCGAUAGCUAUAGACAACAGCUUGUCCAAACUAAUCGAGCACAGCCUGCCUAUCCAGUCGACUUUGGAAAUUCUAAUUUUGCGUUUGCGAUGAUGCUCAUAUGAGUACCAUGGCCUUAUAUAAUAGUUGUACUUGUUCGUCGCAGGCGCGGAGCAAGGGCGCAGCUCCCACG